CCAUAAGCAUUGAUUAAUUAAUUUGUUCAAAAAUAACAAAAUUUACCUUUUUUUUUUUACUUUGUCUUCAACAAAAACUGUACACGUUUUCAUAUACAUAUAUGAAAUAUAUGUGUGUGUGCGUGUGUGGUGGUGAUGAUGAUAAAUAAACAGGAGUGACGUUGCAUUGCUCUAUACGACUCCAUUUCCCAUGAAACCUUGCUGUUAAAACACACUUCCGGGUUUUUUAUACUGGCUUGCCGUAGUUAUUUUGACUUCCAUGACGGGCAUUAAAACAAAACCUGGAUAAAACGGGCAACGGAGAAGAGCUGGUGGGGCCCACUCUCUUAAAAGCGUGGAUGACGAGUGCGUUUAUUUGUUCUCUCCAUCAUGGCGUCGAAUAAAGAGGCUCGGCGCAGGCAGCGGCGCAAGGAGCUGGACGCUAGAAGGAGUAAGUUUCGCGUGCGACUCGGCUCGUGGCCGGAGAGCUGGAGUAAUCUGAAGGACCGGCUAGGUUUCUCUCUCCACUCGGAGCUCGCACAGUUCCUGCUAGACAGUUACUCCUGCAAGGUGUGCAGCAGGUGUUCAGGUGAUGGGAACGAAGUGAUCUCAGUAACUGUGGCUUCUCUGGAGCAGCUGAUCCUGCUGGUCCACAGUCACGGACAGCACUGCCCUUUGACCCCGGGCCUGCAGUCUGACCCACGCAGACAGGAAGUGAAGGAGAGACCGCCGGAGGACGAUCCUGAAACUUCCACGAGGUCAGCCGAAGCAGAACCGCGCCUUACGUACGUCUGUGACGGCGGACACGUGUUCACCUGGCGUCCGAUACACACCGACGGGGAGGAUAAUGGAGAGAAGCGUGAACGAGGAAGCGCUGCUCCUUCAGGACAGAGGAAGAUCGGAGAACGACGGAGGAAAGGAGUAAAACAAGAGGAGGUGUGCGGGAUGAGGAGCGCGAGAGGAAAAUCUGUCUCUGAUGGAAACGCUGCUGGAUUCGGACAGCGUGACCAGACGGAGCGAGUCGCCCCAGACACCCCGGGGGGAAAUGAGGACGCAGAGCGUUUGUGUCAAGGCGAUGCAGUGCAGCAUGAACAGGAAGCACGUUCGCAGGAAGGAAGUGAUGCGGCUUUUCUCACCUUGCCCCCAGAGCUCAGCGCCGAGACCGAGGCUGAUGACUCUCAGGAUAUCAGAGAUGAAAUCCAGGACUCUAUGGAAAGCAGGGAUGUUGUAGGUGAUGCUAUACCAAACUCAACCACUAGGGAGCGUCAGAGGAGAGAAGAUGCUCCCGAGACGGGUGAAAGCGAGGAGCCGAGGAGGAGAGCGAGGAGAAAAACCAGCAGACGACCUUCAGAGAAAGAGGAGCUCUUGGAGAUGAGCAGCAGGAGGAAAAGGAAACCGACUCCGAAGCUCAUUUUACCCUGCGAGUUUGACGGCUGCUGGAAGAUAUUUUCCAGCCGUCAGUACCUCAACCACCACAUGAAGUACCAGCACUUCCAGCAGAAGACCUUCGCUUGCUCCGAUCCCGCCUGUGGAAAAUCGUUCAACUUUAAGAAGCACCUUAAAGAGCACGAGAAGCUGCACAGCGAUCAGAGAGACUACAUCUGUGAGUUCUGUGCUCGUGCCUUCCGCACCAGCAGCAACCUGAGCAUCCACCGCAGAAUUCACACGGGAGAGAAACCACUGCAGUGUGAGGUGUGUGGUUUCACCUGCCGUCAGAAGGCCUCUCUGAACUGGCACAUGCGUAAACACGAUGCCGAGCGGAGCUACCGGUUUGCGUGCGAGAUCUGCGGCCGCCGCUUCGAGAAGAGGGACAACGUGACCGCGCAUCGGAGUAAAAGUCACCCAGAUCACGUGACCCCUGAAGAGCCUACAGAGCCUAAAGACCUUUGACCUACCGGAGCCUGGACUUAUAAUUAAGCUUCUGCCAAUAUCAAACGUUCACGUCAUGAUUAUUACCUAACUCUUAUCACUGUUUAUAAACGUCAGUUGCGAUGCAAAAAUUGCCGUCCUCUCCUUCCGACCACUCCCGGUGUUGCCUUUUAAGGAAUGUGGGCGGAGCAUAGCUCAAAUCAAAACCCAUUUCAUAGCAGUAUUAAAAAUCACGAAUAUGUCUAUCUGAUUAGCGUCACAUGACCUUCGACACCACAGCACUGCUACACGAGGGGUCACUUCAGCUCCUGGCGUAAAGAUACCCGAAGACUCGUAAUAAGAUGACUCGCCACCCCGACACAAUCAACAUACCACGGUUAGCGUGUUCUCACUCUUUACAGAAAUAGCGUAGCGUCACAUCCUCCAAAUUCUUGGACUCUGAGAUGACAGCAGUCUUUCACCUACAGUGCUGCUUAAACUCUGCAGGUAAAAAAAUGCUGGAAGAUAUGUAAUAUCGGAUCAUUUUCCUCAAUAAAUAAACGACAGUAUAAUAUUUUUGUCUCAUUUGUUUAACUGGGAUCUCUUUGUCUACUUUUAGGACUUGUAUGGAACUCUGAUGAUGUUUUAGGUCAUAUUUCUGCAGAAACAUAGAAAAUCCUAAAGGGUUCGCAAACUUUCAAGCACCACUGUAUAUUACUUGUCGGAUUGUACAAGUUCCCAAUAAAAUCUCAUACAAAUUGUAUAACAGACAUA